CUGCAGUGCUCCCGAGGCUGUGGACCGACCGCAAGAAGACGGAGAAAAAAAGUGAUGGACAUGAGGGCUCCGCUUCCUCUCGUGUUGGGUUUGGCGCUCGCUGCCGCCGCCGACAUGUUCCCUGCCAGCAUCAACAUAGGAGGACUUUUCCCGGCCGGCUCACACGAGCAAGAAGUAUUCCGCUUCGCCAUGGCGCAACGCAACGGCGACGUUCCCAAACUGUUGCCUCAGAUGGACGCUGUCGACACAGGCAGCAGCUUUGCCAUGACGUACGCUUUCUGCUCGCAGUUCGCCAAGGGCGUCCAUGCGGUGAUGGGCGUGUACGACCAGCGCACCGUCAACAUGGUGUCGUCCUUCUGCGCCUCGCUUCAUGUCAGCUUCGUCACACCGUCGCUUCCCGCGCCGGGCGAAAGCCCCUUCGUACUGCAGUUACGCCCCGGCCUGCGGGAGGCGCUCAUGUCACUGCUGGACAAGUUCGACUGGCAACGCUUCGUCUACAUGUACAGUGCAAAUGCGGGUGAAGUUAGCUCUUCUGCCGAGACUUGUUUUUCUGUUAAUCAGAGCGAAGUAAAUUUGAUUUGGGUGUGUUCAGGAGUGUCGGUCCUGAAGAAAGUUCUGGAGCGGGCGGCCGAGCGUGGCUGGCAGGUGACAUCCGUCAACUUGGACUCGCUGAGCGAGCCUGGCUUCAUCGCACUUCUGGCUGAUCUGGACUUCAAGAAGGAGUUCCAAGUUGUUCUGGACUGCGAGACUGAUCGACUCAAUGCAAUUCUGGCUCUGAUUGCGGCACAGAGAAGAAACCUGAAGAAUUAUCAUUACAUCCUCCUCAACCUGGGCUUUGUGGAGCUGAAUCUGACAGAGUUCCACGCGCUGUCGCCAAACGUGACGGGUUUCCAGCUGGUCAACUGGUCUGACCCUUCAGUGAUCAAGGUCCAGCGGGACUGGAUGAACUUUGACGCCAAAGACGGAAAAGUGGCGCGGCGCGGUCUGCGGUAUGCAGGUGCACUAACCUACGACAGUGUCAGCGUGGUGGCGGCGGCUUUCCGCAACCUCCGACGGCAGCGCAUCGACGUCUCCCGCCGUGGGAAUGCUGGCGAGUGCCUGGGGAACCCCCCCGCGCCCUGGGGUCAGGGCAUCGACAUACAGAGGGCGCUGCAGCAGGUGCGUCUGGACGGUCUGACGGGCCACGUUCAGUUUGACGAGCGAGGACAUCGGACCAACUUUACACUCGCCGUGAUGGAACUGAGCCGCACAGGACCCAGGAAGGUGGGUGUGUGGAGUGAGAGGAGGGGCUAUGUAAGCACAGCACGCUACAAGCCCUCCCUGGAGGAGUUCCACGGUCUCCUAAACCACACCUACAUCGUCACCACGAUCUUGGAAGCGCCCUAUAUGAUGUUGAAGAAGAACCAUGAGCAGCUGGUUGGAAACGACAAGUACGAAGGUUACUGCGCCGAGCUGGCCGCCGAGAUCGCCAAGCAUGUGGGCUUCGCCUACCGACUGGAGCUGGUGGGCGACGGCAAGUACGGCUCCCGAGACCCUGUCACCAAAAUGUGGAAUGGCAUGGUUGGGGAGCUGGUCUAUGGGAAGGCAGAUGUGGCCGUGGCGCCGCUGACUAUCACGCUGGUGCGUGAGCAGGUCAUCGACUUCACGAAACCGUUCAUGUCACUGGGCAUCUCUAUCAUGAUCAAGAAGCCCACCAAAUCCAAACCCGGGGUCUUUUCCUUUCUGGACCCACUGGCCUACGAGAUCUGGAUGUGCAUUGUCUUCGCUUACAUCGGCGUCAGCGUGGUGCUCUUCCUGGUGAGUCGAUUCAGUCCUUACGAGUGGAAGAAGAAGGAAGAGGAGGAGGAGGAAGAGGAAGAUGAAGCUCCACCCACGUCUUUCAAACAUUCUGCGGGACAUGCACUUCCCGCCGAGAAACAGAAGGACAAAGACAAAGAGAGUCCGGAACACACCAACGACUUUGGCAUUUUCAACUCUCUGUGGUUCUCCUUAGGAGCCUUCAUGCAGCAAGGAUGUGACAUCUCUCCCAGGUCCCUGUCGGGUCGCAUUGUUGGUGGCGUGUGGUGGUUCUUCACGCUGAUCAUCAUCUCCUCAUACACGGCCAACCUGGCGGCAUUCCUGACAGUGGAGCGCAUGGUAUCGCCCAUCGAGAGCGCUGAUGACUUGGCCAAGCAGAGCGAGAUCGCUUACGGCACACUAGAGGGCGGCUCCACCAAAGACUUCUUCAGGAGGUCCAAGAUCGCUGUGUUUGAGAAGAUGUGGUCAUACAUGCGCGGUGCUGACCCCUCUGUCUUCGUCAAAAGCACGGACGAGGGAGUGAGUCGUGUCCGCAAAUCCAAGGGCAAGUAUGCCUACCUUCUGGAGUCAUCCAUGAACGAGUACAUUGAGCAGCGUGCGCCCUGCGACACCAUCAAAGUGGGCGGCAACCUGGACUCUAAAGGCUACGGCGUGGCCACGCCCAAAGGCUCGCCGCUCAGCUCAUCUGUGUGUCGGCCCAUCACAGCUGCUGACGGCUGAUGCCUUUUAACGCUUGGGUCAGUGAUGCCGCUUAGUUUAGCUUAGUUUAGCUUAACGCCGCGUGACACAGAGCGCAUGUUGCCUAGCAACCGUCACUCACGGCGACUCGGAGGGAAACUUUUUAUUUUGGGAGCUUUUAUGUCUUCUUGAGCCAACCAGCAUGCCAUUGUUCGGCUCGCUCAUUUGGUCCACAGCGACGCACGACUCAGCACAAUUUGGGCUCUAGUUGCCUAGCAACAACACUGCACACACAUACACGCGUGCGCACACACCCACACAGUUAAGUGCUAUUAAAGUGCUAUUUAGUGUUUAAAUAUCUGUGUGUGUAUGUUUUAUUGUAUGUGCGUUUAGUGUGGGUGUGUUUUCGUGUAUCUUUGUGUUUUAAGUGAGUGUUUUUAGCGUGUGCAUGUUUUUGUGUUUUGUGUGAAUGUAUGGUAUGUUAGUGUGGGUGUGUUUUCGUGUAUCUUUGUGUUUUAAGUGAGUGUUUUUAGCGUGUGCAUGUUUUUGUGUUUUGUGUGAAUGUAUGGUAUGUUUAGGUUUUUUUUUUAUUUUUAUUUUUUAAUAAUCUUGUUUUCUGUGUGUAUGUUAAGUAGGGAUGGAAACCGUUGGGUACCUCACGAUAUUAUACGGUUUGUGAUACAAGGCUCCAUUAAUAUAUGAGUCAGACUGGUUGUGAAUGCUCUGAAGCUAAUGAGUUAAUUUAACUUCUUUCCGACUUACAGUCAUGUGAAAAAAUUAGGACACCCUAUGGAAGCCUGUGUGUUUUCUAAGAUAUUUGGUCAUAUGGAUAUUUAAUAUCAAUUUUAACAAUCUUGAGAGAUUCAAGUAAUAGACCUAAACAUAACUGAAAAAAAGAUUUUUCAUAACUUUCUAUAAAAUGUAAUUAUAAAUGCAAUUUCUGUUUAGGAAUAAAUUAGGACACCUCCACAUUCAAUCCCACUUAAAAUGUCUAAAAUCACCCAGUGUUUUGAAGGAGGCUUGCCUUAUUUAAACUUCACAUUUAGUUUGGUAUGCCCCUGACUGUUGAAGUGAGAGAAAACACCAUGGUAAGAUCAAAGGAGCUGUCUGAGGCCUUCAGAAAGAAGAUUGUAGACGCUUUUGAGUCUGGUAAGGGAUUUCAAAAGAUCUCAAAAGAAUAUAAAAUCAGCCAUUCCACUGUUCGGAAAAUAGUCUACAAGUGGAGGAACAUGUCAUCUGUGAAAAAAUUAAAGCUGAAGCGAAACUCGGCCCUGCAACAUGACAAUGACCCAAAACAUUCCAGUAAAUCCACCUAGGACUGGCUGAAAAGAAAGAAAUGGAGAGUCCUGGAAUGGACGAUCAUUGAGAUGCUGUGGGGUGACUUGAAACGGGCAAUACAUGCAAGAAACCUCACAAACAUCUCACAGUUGAAAGUAUUCUGCGUUGAGGAGUGGGGCAAACUUUCUUCAGACCGAUGUCAAAGACUGGUAGAUGGCUACAAAAACUGUCUCACUCAAGUGAUUUCACCCAAAGGAAGUAUAAAGUACUCUUCAUAAAUUUUUCACAUGACUGUAUAUCCUGCUAAAUUCCCGUAUAAAAUGACGCAGGAUUUACCCAUGUCAUGGCUUUCAGACAUGGGGAGAUGUACUGUCCGACGAUAGCCCACCAUGAUAUUUACACCAUCAGUCUUCGCGCUGUGACCCGGGAAUUAAACAGCUGCUUUCACACAUGCCGAGUCCCGAGUAAAUCCCGGACAUUAUACUAGGAUGUGACCCGGUUAAUGUCCAUGUUAUCUCUGUGUCAGUUGACCCAGCAAAUUGCUUUCAGACAUAAGAGCUACCCGUUUAAAACCCAGGAUUUAACCGCAGUCUGAAAAGGGCUAUAGACAGUGGAAAAUUUUGCUAGCAACGUGUUGGUUCCUUUUUUUUUUUUUCUUUUUUUUUUUUAAACAGUUACUCUUUUUUCAAAAUUAUUAUAGUGAUUCUUGGUGGGAGCAUCUUUUGGGAUGAAAAGUACAGUUGUUCGAUAAUAACUUUUUAACCAAUAACUGAUAUCCUGACAUUGUCAAACCCCAAAAAUCGGAUACCGAUAUAUGCAGUUGUGGACUUAUAAAUUAUUUUUCAGUCAUUUAAUUUUCAUUUAAAUUUUGCACCAUGAAAUCCCAAGCAUCUUAGUUUGGAGACAUCUAAUGGCCAAUAAGCAUAACUGUUCUCCUAAGCCGUGACCAGCCCUUGUACAAAGGCAGAAGGGUUCUACAUUCACUUUGAAGGCAACAUGCAUAUUGGCCCAAAACCGAUAAUGAAAAACAGAUGUUGAUAUGAUCCGAUAUCAUUUUACAAUGCUUUAGAUCGGCCGAUAUUAUCGGACAACUCUAAUACAGGUAGUCCCCGGGUCACGAAUGAGUUCCGUACGCUGGUGACGUAACCCCAAUUUAUGCAUAAAUUGGAAUGAACUACUACUUAAAUAACCACUAAAUCUCAAAAUAACUAUCCCAAAACAUUUAUUAUAUGUCAUUGUACUGUCCUUGCUAAGAUGUUGGGGCUAAGUCCUAGCUAGACAGCAAGCUAAACACGAAAAUGACGAUGUCAGACGUCCGUCUGGUUAGCUGACUUUAUUCAGCUGCUCAUAACAUCAACACAUGCAGAAUGAAACUAAAAAUAAAAAUGAAAUCAGUUUCAUCUUAAAUAACAGAAAUUCAAAUUUGCAUUUAUAACUAACUGCUGAUACAGCAAUAACAAUCCACACAAACGACUCUCAUGCUUCAGUUAGCGUCCGCACAUCAUCAAAAACAAUCACAUUAACUCGCCCCAAGUAUUCGACCGCACUUGAAAACGCACGAUAAACCGUACAAAAUUUGUUAUAUACAAGUGUUGCCUAUGUGGAUGCAUCACAAUCAACAAAUGUGCGCGCAGGCUUGCAGCUGUAAUCAGUCCCCUCUCUCUCUCUCUCUCUCUCUCGCAAUUGUUUCUUCGUGGGCGCAAAUGCGCUCUUCCCCGUGUAUGCGCGUGCCAUUAGUACUACCUGCUCUACGCUUAAGCCUGAGUUAUGCUCCUGCGUUGCGGUGACGGCGAAGUGAGUACGGCGUCAAUGAGCAUUCGAAAGUUCUGCGGUGAGGGAAUGCGUUGCUCUGUAAUUCAUCGCCAAGCCACUCGAGGGAUGUGGCAUUAUGUUUGCACAGUUUUGGGGCAAUAUACAAACAAUGCUAGAUCGAACGCUUGAAUGUGGAUCUUCAGCUCAUCAACAUUGAUUAAAUGCUGAUCAUACAAAUGUUGAAGCACAGAAGACGGUUUCGAGGCGUUCUGUCCAAUUUUUGAUGCCGCAUAGAGAGUUUUAGCCUCGGGUGGAAACCAGCAAGCUGUGGCGGCUAGCUUCAAACUGGCGUCAAGCACUGUGUCCAGCGUUUUGUCCGAGGUCUGCAAAGCCCUCCAGCCCGAUUUGUUUGCCGUGUCCUACAACCAGCCAGCGGGAAGCCAUAGCAGAUUUCUGGCGUCUAUGGACCUUCCCAAACUGUGUUGGAAGCCUUGAUGUUAACGUUAUCAUAAAAGCACCGAGGCACUCACGAUCAGUGAUGAUGUAUCGUGUGGGAACUGUCUGUUGUGGAAAAUUAAACAUCAAAACCACUCUUUUGACACCAAACCUGUGCUUUAUUCUUCAUAUACUUGAAGUGUGACAAGUAAAUAAGUCACUGACCCACAGCAAACAUAUGUAUACAAUGACUGAUGAACUGCACCAACCAAAAAGACGACAUAAAAUGAUAAAAAAGCUGGCAGUUUUUGGCCGACUGGGUCACCGCUUCGUGUGGCCAUUCGAUUCCGAACACACACACACACAUACUUGUCUCGGUGUGUCUUCCAUUUUUUUUAUUCAAUCGCUGGCUGACCUCCAGCCCAGUAUUUUCAGCAAUCUCCUCCCAUGAAUUGCUUGCCAUUUGGCAAUCUUUAUAAUGUCUUGAAAAGACAUUGUAGAAGUUGUCGUACUUGCUCUUCGUUAAUACUCUCGUCGGCUUGUGUAGAAAAAUCAUGUUCGACAAUGGCGGUGAUUUCGCGCUGAAGCAGAAACAACAGACUAAGCAGACCAAUCACAGUCCAUUUCCACCACGCCACACGCGUUGACGCGACACAAAGUCAGAAAAUUGAGAAGGAGCAAGAAAGGCUACGGCGCAGGGUUGUAAAUCGGGUCUUCCUUGACGGCGCAGGUCUGACGCGGAAGCAUAACUUGGCCUUUACUGUGCCAAGAUAAAAGCAUUCAUCACAAACCAAUAGUCAACAUUAUUAAAAAAAUAAAUAAAUAAAUAAAUAACUUUUUUGAAAAAAAGACUCCGGCGUCGGAAAGUCGACAUCACCUAAGUCGGGUAUGUCGCAACCCAGGGAUUACCUGUAAAAAGUAUUGCGAUAUAUCAUCAUUUCGAUAAAUUGUCACACCCUUAGUGUUGAUUGUGGGCAUGCUUUUUGUUUUUGGUAUAGUUUGUAGGUUUUUGUGUGACGUGUUCAUGUGUAAAUUGGUUUAGGUACUGCACGUCUUGGUGUGAGUGCAUGUUUUGUGCGUGUGUGUGUUCCAGGACACUAGGACGCGCGCCCCGAUCGUCUCGGAACUUCAUGUUUCCGUGUUUGUGGAAAAAUGUGACGGCUUAUUUGUUUGCGGGAGGGAGGAAAGGAAG